AGUAUUUGCGUAUAAUCAGCGCAGUUGCAAUAUCCUUGAACGUCCACAGCGUAUGACGCCAGCGUUACGUCAUGACGUUGUUGCUGGCGGUAUUUUUGUUUGGGUUUUUUUUUUGUUUGGUGCCAAAUCUGGGUGUAGCAUUCGCUUAAAAGAAAAACGAUAUAUGACCCCAGCACCAUCAAAGCAAACAGAAAUGGAGCAGGACAGUCAGUCCUCUCAGUCUUCAGAUGGCGCAGGAUGUAUGAUGGCUGCAAAAGCAGUGUUGAUAGAGGAGUGUGAGGAACAAUUUGGACUGCUACAGAAGCUUCAAAAUGAGAUAAUUUUAGCAGACACAGAGGCUAAAGAUGAUGAGUCAAAUGAGGCAGUGAAUCGACUGAUUGCAAUCACAUCUGAGCUUGAGCAGUGGCAGGAAAUGGAUCCAAAAUUGCUGACAACAAAUCCUGAAGUCUUGUUAGCUGUUGGAAAAGAAGAGUUGCAAAGACUCAACAGUCAACUUAAAAUGGUCCUGUCAUGCUCACAAGCUAAGUUGGAUGCCCAGAAAAAGAUUUUGAAAAGGGAGCAGACAUGGCAAGCAGAGAAGAAAGAAGCGUUGAAUGCAGUGUCAGAGGAAAUCAACAGAUUACGACAUGAAAACGAAAAAUCAGAGCACAGUAUUUUGCAGGAUAUGAAGAGAAAAAUUAACAAUCUAAAGGACUAUCAUAGCAGUCUCAUGGAAAUGCUGAGCGACAUGUUAGCUGAGCACUUCCCACUUCCUGAUCCCCUAGGAAACGGCACAAAGAAAAAAAGAGCUGCUGCAUAUGAUGCAGAGAUUAACCUGAUUUCACUGAGUGAGAUUAUCGAGAGAUUGACCAAUAAAACAUUAGAAACUCCACAUGACCCUUAUGUGACUACUGAUGACACUUUCUGGCCACCGUACACAGAGAUGAUUCUUCGCAAUGGUAUUGCAAUACGACAUCCAGAAGAUUGCAAUAAAAUCCGUCUGGAGAAUUUUUUUUAAAUCUAAAGAGCAUUUGACUGAAUCUAAUUUAAAAAUUAGAUUGAUUUUGUAUGUCUAUAAUUAACUGUCAAUGUCUAUUUUUACUUAAUCUGUAAAAUAUUUACCAUUAUGAUAUCGCAUUGCAAAUGAUUUGUUUUUAAUUACAUGUCAAGUCCACCACUUAGAAUGCACGUUUCUCUUCUUUAUUUGUGCUGGUGUUUGUUUCACUUUGUAUGUACUUUUGUCAAAAUGUCAAAAACUGUCAAAAAUGAAUACUUAAUUAAAACCACCCUAAACAUUCA